AUGCCUACUAUCAAGGGAUCGCCCUCCAUUGGUCCGCUGAAGGACGCCUACCAGGAGGAGCUUCUUGGCUUCUUGGAUUCUCGAGAGGGUCCAAAGGAACAUGGAGUUUGCCAUUCCUUCAUGAUUGACGCCCAGGAAUUCUGUCCUCCCCCACCUACUGUAAAAACGGUGUUCUUUGUCUUGCACUCAGAUUUGAAGGUUGUAGAUAUAGUGAGAAAUUUUCUCAAGCAAGAGUCUUCCGUAAAAAACAGUCCUCCACCCAGAGACUAUUGCAUUAUCGCCAUCCCCAGUUUCUCCCUCGUUUGCCGAACUUUCCUCAAGGAGAUGCAAGUAUACGAUAAGCUGGCGGCCAUCUACGAACUGCCAUUGACGCUACUGCCCAUUGACACUGAUCUGCUCUCGAUGGAAGACCCCGAAUGUUUUGCAGACUUCGCUCUGCGAGAUAAGGAGACCUGUCUUUUCAAUCUCGCCCGCGGGCUGAUUAAAUUUCAGGCCGUCUUCGGCCUUUUCCCUCGUAUACGCGCCAAGGGCCCAAAGGCAAAGAUGUCGGAUGGAAACAGAAGUGCACUAUCUCGUUUUAUUGAACGUACAACGAAUACCGUAUAUAGAUAA